CCGCAUUACUAGUUUCUGUACGAAAUUUUCCAUUUUAGCAGAGAAAAAGCUUAUUAAUAUUGAUUAUCAGAGAAUUUACAUAUUAUCGAAGAACUUACAUAUUCAAACAUGGGCAAAGAAAGAAAACAGUUUAAUAUCGGUGACUUGGUUUUUGCGAAAGUAAAAGGCUAUCCAGCUUGGCCAGCGAAAAUCACAAAGUAUAACAAUAAGAAGUAUAAUGUAUACUUUUAUGGCACCGGAGAAACGGCGAACAUAAAGCUUGAAGAUUUGUUCCAAUAUGUAGAAAACAAGGAGAAGUUCGCCACGGAAAAAAAUAUGAAACGUACAAAUUUUCGAGAAGCUAUGCAACAAAUAGAAGCUGCUUUGAAUGGCGAAGAUUCUGCACCAAUUACAUUGCGUGGCGCUUCGGCGGCUGUAAAUAAUUCGCAGGUAGAAGGAAAAGCAAACAGUACCUUUGAUGAUAGUCAGGUUACAGCAGAUACAACAAUAGGCGACGAGUCGCAACUUAUUUCUGAGAAAAUUGGUGAAUUUGGCGAAACAAGUGCCGAAUCAAAAGGAGAUAAGUCUGUACAAGGAACGGUGAAAAGUGAACAGGAUGUUGGAAAAAGUGAUGGCAAGAAGUCAGCGGAUGACGUUAGAAAUAAAGAUUUAAAAAAGAAAGAAGACACAGCAACAGACAUAUCCAAAAUAGCGACGCCUGAUAGUGAAUUGGUUAGUCGUAGCGGUCGUAAAAUAAAACUUAAACGUCAUAUGGAUGAUUUGGAUGAACAAUCGAGUGCUAAUCAAGCACCGCCGUCAAAGAAAAAAGUACCAACUGAAGGUAUAGCUCCCUCUGAAGUGAAACCGAAAAGCGGUAAAAAAUCUAACAGUAGUGUUAAGCCUGUGGCUACAAUCACUCCUACAGUAAAAUCGGGUAAUAAAACUGAAGUAAUUAAUAAUCUGUUGUUAGCUUUUGUACCACCCGCAAAAUGUAUAGGCAUUAAAUUGGAUUAUGAAAAGCCUGAGUUAUUUGAAACGGCAGCGGAAAAACGGCAGUGGGAGGAGCAAGCACGCAAGGAAGCCCAAGAAUUGAAAGAACAGUUAGAGAUGGGCUCCAUAAAAUUGGAAGAUAUAAGAGAUCGUGUGGUUUUAAAUCCUCCACGAUCAAAAAUCGAUCAAGAUGAAGCUAAUCGAUUUAAUGCUUUAAUGCUCGAACAGGAAGAUGCUUUAUUUGUAGAACGAGAUUUUAUACAGUUAUCUCAAGAAUUAAGAGAUUGUUUGGGUCUAAGGCAAGCUGAUGUCGAUCGUUGCUUGGAUAUCCUUAAGCAAUUCAAAGAACUUCAAUUAAAUCGGCUGAUGCUGUUGCGCAAUCCAGAUUGUGUUGAUGGUAUACGACGUUUGCAGCGCUAUAUAGGUAAUUUAAAAUCUUGGAAUCUAACACCGGAACAAGAGGCCGAUUUUAAGGCUAAGGCCGAAAUUAUACGCAAUGAAGCCAUAUUGAUUUACAACAAUUUUAAAAGGAUUUUCGGUCCAACACAUAAGCAAAGAUUUUGGGAAGAAUUUUGCGAUCAUGUGGAAGCUUAUAAGGAGAAUACAAAACAUAUUAAUGAAAAAAAUUGUUUAAUUAUGACGGAAAAAACAUAUAAAACGUUAAUUGCUAACAACAAUAUAAAACAGGUCACAUUAAAAUCGAAUGAAACGGAAGAGAAACCAAUCGAGGAAGAAAAACCUGAAGUUGCUAAUUCGGAGAAUGUUGCAGAAAAUGAUAAUUUCUCUCCAAAAAUUGAAGAUACUCCCAUAGAAAACAUAAAUAAUGAGAUAACGGAAAUUUAAAUUCUUAAGUAUGUUUUAAUUUCUUAUACUGCU